AUGCGGUUGAUACAGGGGGAUGCCGCGGGAGAGGAGGCAAGACGGCGUUAUGAGCGCGAAAGUGGUUGGACAAGUGGGUCACAUGCAGGGGAGAAGGAGGUGCGGGAGGGGGGAGGGGUGUGGGGAGAAGAUAGGGACUAUGUGGAUUUGGUGGGUGAGGAUGAGGAUGAUGAGGAAGAGGAGGAGGAUGAGGAGGAUGAGAGGGGGACGUGGGGACAUGACAAACUCUACAAGUGCGGGAGGUGUGGGAUGGCGUUUCCUACUCGAAAAAAGUUAAACUAUCACGUGGCCACACACUCGAAGCAGUUCGUGUGUCCGCAUAACGAUUGCCGAAAGGCAUUCUCAUUUAGAAACCGGUUAAAGGAGCACAUCCUCACUCACAACCCCAACACUCCCCGGCACCCAUGCUCUCAUCCCCACUGCGCACAAACCUUCAAGCGACGACGCGACAUGUUUAAGCAUGCAAGGAAACAGCAUGGGGGGGAGAAGGGGAUGAAGGCGCAUGGGGGAGUGGUGGGGAGGCAUGGAGGCGAGAAGGAGGGUGAUGGCGAUUUUGUUUAUGGGGACGACGAAAGGAAGGAGGAAGCGAGGGAAGCGGAGAAAAAGAUGGGGGAGGAGAGGGAAGGAGGGAGGAAGGGGGAGAGGGAAGGAGAGAUGAAGGGGGAGGAGAGGGACACGGAAACACGGUAUUCCCAGGAACACGAAUUAGAGGGCGGAAGGGGAUGGGCUAGAGGGUCACAUGCAAGGGAGAAAGAGGCACGGGAGGGGGGAGGGGUGUGGGGAGAAGAUAGGGACUAUGUGGAUUUGGUGGGUGAGGAUGAGGAGGAUGAGGAAGAGGAGGAUGAGGAGGAGGAGAGGGGGAAGUGGGGACAUGAGAAGUUCUACAUGUGUGGGGAGUGUGGAACUGCGUUUGCUACACGGUCAAGGUUAAGGAAACACAUGGCCAUCCAUUCAAAGCAGUUCGUGUGUCCACAGGAAGGUUGCCGAAAGGCAUUCGCAUUCAGCUACCUGUUGAAAGGGCACCUUCUCGUUCACAACUUUGAUGCUUCCCAGCAUUUUGUGUGUCCGUAUGACAAUUGUGCAAAGGCGUUUGGAUUCAACUACCAGUUAAAGAGACACCUACUCGUUCACAACCCCAAUGCUCCCCAGCACCCAUGCUCUCAUCCCCAGUGCCCUCGGACCUUCAAGCGUCGAGGCGACAUGAUGAAACACGUAAGGAAGCAUCAUUGCAGGGUUAAGCAGAGUGGGAAGAAUCUGCAGCAUGCAAGGAAUUUGCAUUGGGGGGAGGGAGGGAGUGGGGGCGGGGUGAAGAGUGCGCAUUGGGUUAAGAAGGGGAAAAGGGCGCAUGGGGGAGUGAUGCAGAGGCAUGGAGUCGAGAAGAAGGCUGAUUCCGUCAGUGGGGAAGAGGGAAAGAGGGAGGAGGCGAGGGAAGGAGUGAUGAAAAAGGGGGAGAGGGUGGAAGUGGGAACGAGGGGGGAGGGCAAAGAGAAAAGUACGGGGGAGGAGAGGAAUGAAGAGGCUCCUAGGCAGGACGGGGGGCGUGAAGGUGAGAAGAUAUUGAGUGCUGUGAGGGGCAAAGAGGGAAGGAGCGGUGAGGAGAGGGACGAAGAGGGAAGGAGAGGGGAGGAGAGGGAUGAAGGAGGAAGGGGUGAGAAGGAGAGGGAUGAAGGAGGAAGUGGAGGGGAGGUGAGGGAUGAAGGAGGAAGGGGAGGGGAGGAGAGGGAUGAAGAGGAGGGACUUCAUCUCUUUCCUCCCAGGUAUGGCCGUGAGAAGGGCAGCUUGGGAAGGGCAGUGAGGCAGCUUCAAGGGGGUUUUGGCACGGUUGGGGAAGGAGAGGCAGUGAUGCUGCCGUUUCAAGGGGAGGGCACCGAAGUUGUAAGAGGGAUGGCGGAGAGGGGGGUGGGGGUGGGUGUGGGAAUGGAGGGGGGUGGUGGCAGCCUUGGGGGGGAGCGGAGGGGAGUGCGCAUGGAGGAGGGAGUGGGAAGGGGGAAACUUUUGGGGGCACUGGGGAGAGGGCUGGGGGAGGGGGGGGAGGGGAGAGCUGCUGGGGGCAAUGGGGGAGGGAAGGGGGAGGGGAGAGCUGCUGGGGGCAAUGGGGGAGGGAAGGGGGAGGGGAGAGCUGCUGGGGGCAAUGGGGGAGGGAAGGGGGAGGGGAGAGCUGCUGGGGGCAAUGGGGGAGGGAAGGGGGAGGGGAGAGCUGCUGGGGGCAAUGGGGGAGGGAAGGGGGAGGGGAGAGCUGCUGGGGGCAAUGGGGGAGGGAAGGGGGAGGGGAGAGCUGCUGGGGGCAAUGGGGGAGGGAAGGGGGAGGGGAGAGCUGCUGGGGGCAAUGGGGGAGGGAAGGGGGAGGGGAGAGCUGCUGGGGGCAAUGGGGGAGGGAAGGGGGAGGGGAGAGCUGCUGGGGGCAAUGGGGGAGGGAAGGGGGAGGGGAGAGCUGCUGGGGGCAAUGGGGGAGGGAAGGGGGAGGGGAGAGCUGCUGGGGGCAAUGGGGGAGGGAAGGGGGAGGGGAGAGCUGCUGGGGGCAAUGGGGGAGGGAAGGGGGAGGGGAGAGCUGCUGGGGGCAAUGGGGGAGGGAAGGGGGAGGGGAGAGCUGCUGGGGGCAAUGGGGGAGGGAAGGGGGAGGGGAGAGCUGCUGGGGGCAAUGGGGGAGGGAAGGGGGAGGGGAGAGCUGCUGGGGGCAAUGGGGGAGGGAAGGGGGAGGGGAGAGCUGCUGGGGGCAAUGGGGGAGGGAAGGGGGAGGGGAGAGCUGCUGGGGGCAAUGGGGGAGGGAAGGGGGAGGGGAGAGCUGCUGGGGGCAAUGGGGGAGGGAAGGGGGAGGGGAGAGCUGCUGGGGGCAAUGGGGGAGGGAAGGGGGAGGGGAGAGCUGCUGGGGGCAAUGGGGGAGGGAAGGGGGAGGGGAGAGCUGCUGGGGGCAAUGGGGGAGGGAAGGGGGAGGGGAGAGCUGCUGGGGGCAAUGGGGGAGGGAAGGGGGAGGGGAGAGCUGCUGGGGGCAAUGGGGGAGGGAAGGGGGAGGGGAGAGCUGCUGGGGGCAAUGGGGGAGGACAUGAGUGUGAAACGGAGGUGGAGGAGGUUGAAGGGUGUGACGUGGAUGGUCCAGUGGUGAAGGAGGAGGAAGUGGGGGAAGAUGGGGCUCGGUUUGAGUCACCUCAACGCAUCCAAGAACGGUUGAGGAACAAUGAGUGUGCUGCAAUGGCUCGUGGAAGUGGGUUGCUUCAAAGGCGUGUUGGAGGAGUGACUGAGGGUGAGAGCGCUGGUUGCAGGAGAGGCCACCUGAGAGAGCAAAAGAGAUACCUGAGCACGAAGGUUCAUCGUUUUGUGGGGAGGAGUGGGCGCCGAUGCAAGUUGAGGAAACACAUGAAAACAACAGAGGAGGAGCACUUGAGGCGGAAGGAGAUGCUUCUGAAGGAGGAGGAGAUUCACCUGAGGCAGAGGGAAGAACAUCUGAGGCAACAGAAAGAGCACCUGAGGCAGCAGGAGGAAUACCUGAAGCAGCAGAACGAGCACCUGAACGACCAGGAAAACCACCUGAAGCGAAAGAGGCAGCACCUGCAGCUUCAGAUGAGACGAACCUGGAUUCGCGCAGAACGCCUGAAUCGUUGCUCUGUAGGUCCUCGUGGUUUGAGAAAAGAAGUGGUGGUGAGAUGUUCAAAGGGAGGGAGGACGGUGCAGGAUGGAGGAAGAGGGAUUGCGGGGAGUGAAGAGCGGGUGGGGCUGGUGAAGGUGGAGGGAGAGGAGUGGAGAGUGGUGGGACAGGAGGGUUGUGAAGGAUGA